CGUUCGCUUUGGAUUCGGUUUCCGUACGGUUGCUCCAUAAUAGUUUGUUUUUUUGUUUAGGAAAACUUAUUGAAAUUAGUAAUUGUGUGCUUAAGCAGUGCAUUUAAGUGAACGUUAUGUUGAUAAGUAUAUAUUUAACAAAGAACGCUCUUAAAACUGAAUUGUGUUGAAUAACACCUUAAAAAAACAAAGUUGUGGUACCACUAUCUGCUACUGGUGUAAAAUACGCAGUCCUAGUGGGACCAUUGUUUGCGCCAAAACAAAAGGCUGAAAAUGUCAACCACAAUACAAUUGCCGCUGAAGAUUUUCGCGGAAAAACAAACGGAAAACGGAAUGUCAAAAUGCAUUUACCAUCCAGAUGUCGCUAUUGGAGCAGCGCGAUGGCGGCCUUGUGCGCGUAUUCGAAGUUCGAAAUAUCGAAAGUAUUCAUCUUCAAAUGUCAUUUGUCGGAGUGCGGAGCGGGGAAGUUUACUCGAUUUCCACGCCAUAUUUGAUUUCUACGCAAGAAGAAAGCAAUUUUUCUGUGAGGUUUUAACCUGAUAUUGGUGUCAUAAUUGGAAUUAUACAAAAUGUCCUGUGUAUAGAACUGCCGGAAAAGAUUAUCAGCAAUUAAAUAGCAAAUCGUUAACAUCGAUAUUGUGCCAUUAAAUAGAGGGCCCCCAAUGGCGCAAUAUUAUCAAAUACAAAAUCUCGAUGAUUUAAAGCAGAUCUACGCAGAUGUCCAAGUGGUGCACGUUGCAAGCGAGGAUGCUGGUGUUGGUGGCCAUACUCGACCACAGCAAUUACUUUUACCCGAAGACCAAUUAAUGCUAAACGAAGGUCAACAAGUAGUAUAUCAGACAGCCAAUGUACCAGCACAGCAACAGUACCAGCAACAGCCAGCUGCAUCAACCACACAAUAUAUAAUCGGUGAUGAAAUAUCGCAGCAACAGCAGGCGGUACAACAUCAACAACAAGUGAUGUAUGAUCAUCACCAUCAACAACAACAGCAACAGCAUUAUGUUCAUGAAAGCCAACAAAUGCCGCAGGAUCAUCACCAAUUGGCACAACAGACGCAGCAACAACAACAGCCGCAAUUGUAUUAUACCACCGAGCCGAUAUUACAACCGAAUUCAUUGGUUCAACAACAACAGCAACAGGAAAUGCAACAUCAGCAGCAACAACAGCAGCAGUUGCAUGUGCAACAACAACAAUAUCAGCAGCAGCAACAGCAACAAAUUGUACAUCAGCAACAUUCAAUACAGGCGCCACAACAGCCUCAACAAAUUGUUUAUCGCAUGCAAACACAACAACCACAAACUCAACAAACUCAGAUGCUUAACAAUGCGCACGUCAUAUUGCAACAGCCUUCGGGUCAACAAGUUUUAAUUCAAUCUCCACAACACUCGGAAAUAAUUAUGCGUCAGCCCAUGCCACAGCAACGCAUUAUCUAUAACACAAAUCGUGUUUUGUAUUCACCUCAACAGCAACAACAACCGCAGACUCAGGCUGUACUUCAGCAAUCUCCGCAAUCGCAUCAGCAACAUCCGCAGCAGCAACAGCAGCAUAUACAAUUACAAACAUCUUCCACCACAACACCUAUGCACACGACAGCGCGCCUUGUUCAGACGAGAGUAGGUGCCUCGCCCCAAGAGACAGUCCAGCAACAUCAACAGCCCCAACCUCAACAAAAUGUUGUGUUUCAUCCCAUUCAGGCAACCGCAGUUCAGAAUCCUCAGCAGUUAAAGCCCCAGUUGCAGCAGCAAUCUCCAUUGCAAAUGCAGCAGCAACCGCAGCAACAAUUGGUGGCAACAGCAUUGACUGGGGGAGUGUCUGGAGGUGGUGUUAUGCGCGGUGCUAUUCGUAAUAAGUCACCACGCGGAGGUGGUGCUCUUGGUGGUACGCAUACUCUGAUCGCUCGUAUGCCUGCUGCUCCGGUAAGUCGGGCUGUGCGACCGCAGAUGACUGCAUCAAUGCAGCCACAACUACACCAGCAAACACCCCGUGCACCACGGCCCCGAGGAGGCGCAAGCGGUACAAGAGCACGUGGUGCCGCACGUGGAGGACGCGGUGGAGCAUCGCUCGCUGGAAGAGGAACACAGGUAACGGCAACAAUAGUGCAGCAACAACAACAAUCUCAACAAUUACAGCCACAACAGCAAAUAUCAACUUCACAGCAACUCAUACAGAACGCCGUAGUUCAGGGCAAAAAUAUCACAAUUUUAAAUCCACAAGGACAAGUGAAACACAUAUAUCGCAACAUUGCCGAAACGCCCCAGCAACAGUUGCAGUUACUAGCAAGUUCCGCGCAGCAGCAACAACGGGCAACGCAGCUGGUAGGUGCCCGCUUCCGUGCUCCAAUUGUUACCGCAGGAAGUGGUGCGGCAAGCAGUAACAGUUCCGGUAGUAGCAGUGGUAACUAUGAAUUGGACUUAGAAGACAGUAUUCAAGCGGUUGUGGUGAAGAAGGAUCAGCAAAAACCGGCGGUUUCGACCGCCAACAUUACAAACCCCCCCGUAGGCACCACACUGACUAGCUACUACACCAAAGAGGACGAUGAUACGCGUUUGGUACGCACCCAAAAUGGCACAUGUAUUACCUUGGCCGAGUAUCGCAAACGUCAUCCGCCCACGGCUGGAUCGGCCACUACAACUACAGCCACUAUUUUGCAAAUGAAAGCCCCACUACGCGCGAGUGGACCACAACCACCCAAUAAAAUGUUACCGACGCAUGCCUCCGGAAGUACAGGGAUGGUGCCAAUCGCACGGGUCGCACCCCAACAAGUUCAACAGCCUCAACAGUCACAACAAUCGCAAAUGCCUACGACAACUUCAACGUCGUCCUCAGCAGUUCACCGCACUUCGCACAACAACUACGAAAUUCACACACAACAUGUCAUGCAGAAUCGGAACAAUACGCAAAUGGCGGAGAAAGAUCGAAAUAGCGCUAAAAUGUUGGUAAUAUUGGUGUCUGGUGAACAACGUCUCAUAACAUUCACAUUGCCACGUGAAUCUUGUACCGUUCAAGAUCUACUCGAACAAGUUGGAGUGCCAUUUGAUAGUUCAACAACCAUACAGUGCGUGGAGAAUCCUGGUGCAAAUAUCGAUUUUGUUGUCACUGUCGGGUUUUCAGUUCAGGAAUCUGCCAGCGAGUUAAUAUCGCGCGCAGAACAGACUUUGCAAAUGAAUAGACAACAAGAUGCAACUGCCGCUAGCAGCUUAGCGGCAACUAAUUCUGCUUCUGCUUCAGUUAGCAGCGGAGGAAAUACAACUGUUUCACAGGGCACCAUUCCACAGCCAACGGCAACUGCUAGUUAUGGGAAUCCGGCGAAUAGUGCAGCUCAAACUGCUAAUUCUACUGUUGUCCCUGAAACGGCACAUAAAGAUGCACAUACUAACAGUCCAGCAACAACCAGUACUACUAACAAAUCUUCCACAGUACCAGCAGCAACAGAGGAUGUACCCCGUAAAAUUAUACAAGGAUUUCUUGCUGUCUGUCAAAGCUGCGGCUUUAGCGGAUACGACCAUGCUAAAUGCGAACGCUGCAAAAGAGUUUUCCUCGAUCCACCGAAGCGUGUCCCAUGCGUGAAGAGUUUAGGCAGUAACACCACUUCAACGGCUGGUGAGACGACUGCGACUAAAGCCAUUGGCAGCAGUGAGCUUGCACCAAGCGAAAAACGUCGUGGAAGUGAUUUAUUAGCACGAGCUCAAGCUAAAAGUGCUCUUAGCUACAGCAACAGUGCCGCUAGCAGUGGUACCCCGACGCGCGGACGUGGUGGUCCGGGCGGUGCUGGACGGGGUCGCAGUACUCGCAGUGGACGUCGAGCUGCCGAAAUUGAACCAGUAAUUCUCACGCUAAGCAGUGAUGAAGAAGAUGACGAUGAA